GAGCCACCGUGGGCGCCGUAGGAACGGACUGGGAAAGUCAGAAUGCCGAGGAAAAAGAAGAACGGACAGAGUCCGGCCCGAGUUUCGGGGCAGCCUAGUGAGUUCGGGAGCGGCUCUGACGGUCGUGCGUAUGGGACAGAGGUAGAGUCAAGAGGAGACUUGAGGAGGCUCAAUAACUUUGGAUCCUCUCAGUCCACUGCUGCGAGUUUUCAAGGCAAAGAAGAAAUAGUGAAGAGCAUGCAAGAAAUGUUCUCACACUUGGAUCCCGAUGUCAUAUACAUAGUACUAUCUGAGGCGGAUUUCAAAGUGGAGAAUGCGAUGGACUCUCUGUUAGAGCUCUCUGGAGCUGCUGAGGGGAUAGACCUGUCCAAUACUCCAUCUCUCUCAGGGUUUGAGAUGGCUGCUGCACUCCUUAGCACUAAUCCGCCCCAGGCAUCACAACCUAUUACGACAUCAGAGAGUUCUUCGGUCUCUACCCCUCCUCCAGACGAAGACCUAAGCCCGGAUAUGGCACUCACGGAAGAAUACGAUACCCUCAUUGACCAGGAGCUUGCUAAUAUCACCUCAAAACAGGCUCUGCCCUCUGCCUCCUCUCAUCCUCCCACGUCUCCUCCCAUCCCUCUCUCUUCCUUGCCUCUGCCCUCUGCCUCGCUCCCUCUUCCCUCUCUACCACCUCCUCAGACCGCCCUCCCAGAGCUCUUGCGGAGCAGCGUGGAGGGCAGCCCAAAGCCCGGGUCUACGGCGGAACGGUUGUCCUGUUCCAGCCCCAAGUCCGGCGAGGCCAGCGGAGGGUAUUCUCCGGUGAAUGAGCUGAGUUUUGGGGGGGUUCACCUCCCCCAGAACAAGCCGGGUCCUCUGGACUUCAGCCAUCUGACAGAGAGUUCCACAGCACCCAAACCGUACCCAGAGGUUGGAGGACCUGGCCGUCCUUCCGCCUUCCAGGCCUACCGCAGGCAGACGGAACACAACGUGCAGGGAGGAGGAGACGCAGGAGUGCCGGGAGGGGCUCUCCAAACCGAACACUCCAAGGCUCAGGGCAUGCCUCCCAUGUCCUGGAACCUGGAAGCGUCAGAGUUUCAACCUCGGCAGAAGGGACCCACUUUCAUAACCCCGGUGAUGCUGAACCCCUCUGCCUGGAGCGGUCAGCCCACCUCUGCCUGGUUUACUCACGGCCCUUUUAGGCAAGCUCCUCUGAAACCUUCGGCCACUAUCCCAAAAUCUUGGGCCGUUCCCCCUCCCCAAGCCCGGCUCCGAGUAGAGGGCAAGUUACUGGUUCUGCUCAGGGGAGCUCCAGGCUCAGGAAAAUCUACAUUAGCAAGGGCCAUAUUGGAGCAGAAUCCAGAAGGUGUUAUACUGAGCACUGAUGACUAUUUCUGUCGCAACGGACCGUACCAUUAUGAGCCCAGUCUCCUUGGGGAGGCACAUGAGUGGAACCAUCUGAGAGCAAAGGAGGCUUUUGAGAACGGCAAGACCCCCGUCAUCAUAGAUAAUACCAAUAUGCAAUGCUGGGAGAUGAAGCCAUAUGUUGCUAUGGCUCUGAAGCAUAAAUACAAGGUGUUGUUUCGUGAGCCAGACACAUGGUGGAAAACCAAGCCCAGAGAGCUGGAGAGACGUACUAAACAUGGGGUUACUAAAGAGAAGAUUCGACGCAUGCUGGAACGGUACGACCGUCACGUCACCAUCCAAAUGAUCAUGGAAUCGGAGCCGAGGCCACAGGAGCCAGCCAGAACUGAUAUGAAUUCAACUCCUUCAGAGGGGAACCCAGCACAACAGUCUUUGCCAUUUGACCUUUGCCAACCUGACCUGGUGGGCAACUCAGGGUCAGCUCUGAGUUCUGCUAACCCCUGUGCCAACCUCUCCUCUUCCCUACCUGACGUCUCUUCUGUUGGCCAGGCCGGCAGCGCUUGGUCAGCAGCCAACGAGGCUGACGCGCACAGCUCAAAAGACUGCCAUUCAACGUUAGAGAACCUACCAGAACGGGUCGAAAUGUCACCAACUGAGCUCCUUGAUGGCGAAGCAUUGGACCAAGAGCUAGACGCUUGUCUUCAGGCCAAAAAGGAGAAGAAUCUGAGUAGUGGGAUGACUGGGGAAUCUGGUGAAUGGGAAAGAGAGAGGGUUCUAGAACAACCAGUGGCAUUUUCGGAAUCCAUUGCUCAAAGAGUGAGAAGAGAAAGAGAACGUGGCAGAGGUACCACUGGUCAACCGUUAAAAUUUGAACCUAGUGACGACUUUGUAAACCAGGAGGAUGAGGGUGGGGAAGCGGUGGUUGAUGACGGCAAAGGGACACGGCCGGAGUUGCUUGAUUUCAUUGGAGAUUGGCCAUCGGAAAGCUUGAAACAGCGGGGGCAGAGGGUGCGUAGGUCUGGAAAUCGGACCGGAAAAAAAUGGGUGAAUGAGCACCAUGAAGAGGAGAAUGCAGAUAACAAUGAUGAUGGUACCGGAGGUGGCGGAGAUCCUCUGGAUCUCUUGCAAGGAGGCGAUGACUCCCACCUCCUCCGUGGCUGCAGUCCAAUUUUGUGCCAAGAUACAGCCGAGGAUCAUUCAUCCACUGUUGACAGGGAGGGCUAUCACAGCCUAGAGAAUGAAGCCCAGUCUGGAUUGCCGGACUGUGUGUUGGACCAGAGAGCUGCCGAAACCACAGAUUCACCAAGAGUCACUUCUCCUUGUAGCACAGAGACACAUCUCAACCCUGGCGAAGAUGGUGAGAAUGCAGGUGGGUUAGUAGAUGAGGGGAGAGAUAUCCAGACUCCAGAGACUGGAAAGACGAACGAAGAAAGUAGUGUUACAGUGGAGAAAGGUGGCGAAUCAUGCUCCAGCAUGGGGGCAACCUUUAGCUCAGGAGGCCUGGUGGAAUCAGAGAGCAGCCAUAUCGGUGAGGUCGCUCGGGAGAGGAGGAAAGGACAGAGCCGAAGGUCAGGAAAAGCCUGCAGGCUAGCACUUACGUUCACCAAUCAAAGCUGUAGUUUGCCACACCCACAGAUAGAGUCCCCUCAAGCAUCUCCACAGCUAGCAGAUCUCAAACCUGUACUGUCUGUCUCAGAAACAUCUGUAACGGGUAGCUCCGCUCAAACAGAUCCGCAGGAUUUCGCUUUGAUGUGGCGAAUUGAGCAGCAGAACGAUCAUAAGCCAGAGUCAGACAGUUUUUGUCAUGCCGUGGUGGUUUUGGAGGGAAACCCUGCACGUUUUAUUCCAAAACAGCUUGUGCCUGCCGCAGAAUCCUCCAGCCAGAAGGACGUGCCGUAUCGUGUUGUCCAUGACAAAGGUUCGCAGGUUGAGGAGAAAGACCUGAUCGCUGUGCAGUCCAGACAACAGAGCUUGGAGCUCCUCAGACGUCAUUUUAAAUAUGUUUCCAUGGAUAUGCUGGAGGAUCUGUAUGAAAAGUGCCACCACGACAUGGAAUGGACAAUCAACCUGCUGCUGGACUCUGGAGAACGCUUCUACAGAGACGAAGAUGAAGGUGAUAAGGAUAAGGAAAACCUGGAAUCACCUGACCUCAACGCUGAGGCGCAAAUGGCGGAAGAGUCUGUUGACUCGCGGAUUCUUACAGAGACUGAGGCUGGUUUGGAUGUGGAGCAGGCUGAGAGUUCUGUGUUGUCGUCCAAUCACGUAAGUGUUACAGACAACUCAGGAGCAGCCUUGGACAUUCUUGGAUCCAGCUUAGAAACGGAUCCAAGCAGACCAGCUGAGGUUGUGGAGGAAGAAGGUCAGACCACGGAUGAAAGUGGACAUGGAGAUGUUGAGAGGUCACUUGAAGCGGAGCGUUUAGAUGGACAAAACCCAGAUGCCAAACUGCCUGUUCAGACACAGCCGAAUCUACUCACAGGAGAGUCCCAAACCUUUCCAGACUCGCCUGGGCCCCGUCCGACAGAGCCAGAACCAGAACCAGAACCAGGCGAGAACUUGGGUGGAAAACAGGAAGUUACAUCAGAGACCCAAGGGAAUGGAAUUGGACAGCAUUUUUGGGAAUCAGCUGAAGGGUGGCGUGAGGAAGGACAACGGAGAGAUGGUAACGGAGAGAAAGAGGAAAAUGAAGAACUGGAUGAUGAUAUUCAGGCAUAUCUGGCCCAGAUAGAAGAAAUGAAAGAAAUGGAGAGAAAGAAAAGUGGCCAGGGGAAAGGUCGCUCAAAGCCUUUGGACAUUCGCACCCUAGAACUGAAACUACCCACCGAACUGGCCCUGCAGUUAAUAGAAUUGUUCGGUCCUGUCGGAAUCAACCCAGGUGAGUUGUCCCCAGAUGACUGCGCAGUGCGGAUGGACCUGAACUUUGCUAGGCUAGUUCACCAGAAAUUGAGGGACACCAUCCAGGAGAAACACAGACAAGAAGCUCUCUCCUAUCAUUUACUACAAGAGAGCUCUGUCCACUGGGGUGAAUCACAGACAGCCAGGCACGAGCCCAGAGACUUAGCAGCUCGCUUUCUCAUUGGUGCAGAUGGAUACACGUCGCUCGCCAGCCAAUCAGACAUCUCGGAGGACACCCCGUUUAUGGACCACUGGAAUGCGUCCCGCCCUCCCGUGUCUCUCAGGGAUAUAAUGACUGAGGAGCUUGUGUUGCAGGAGAGCAUGGAGAAGUCUCGGCUGAGCCGAUGGGAUUUAGACAGGAAGGAUGGAGCGGCCAUGCUGAAGGAGAAACAGCUUUUCUCACUCUUUCCGACCAUCGAUCGGCACUUCCUCAAAGACAUCUUCAGAGACCACAAUUACUCCCUGGAGCAGACUGAGCAGUUUCUCCGCUCCCUAUUGGACGAGAGUCCGGUUAAAAAUGUUGUAGCUACAGAGUCACUCCCCCAAAAUAAUGACAUUCACAGGACACCCAGCAGGGAGAGGCGAAAGGUAAAGGACUGUGAAGUGGAACCACCGCAGUUCCAGGAUACAGAGGAUCCGGAAUACGAGGACUUCCGAACGGAGGCCAUGCUCCACAGGCGCAAACAGCAGGAAUGUUUCGAAAAAGCAGCGGAGGCUUACAGACAAGGCCGCAAGGAUGUCGCCAGUUUCUACUCUGACCAGGGUCGUCUGCACGGUGAGAAAAUGCGUGAGGCGAAUCAUCGUGCGGCGGUGCAGAUCUUCGAGCGUGUGAAUAAAUCCCUUCUGCCUCAGAAUGUUCUAGAUUUACACGGCCUCCAUGUUGAUGAGGCUUUGUUUCACCUGGAACAGGUCCUCACCGACAAGACUGUGGAAUGGAAGCAGGGCUUGUGCCGCCCACAGCUGUCAAUCAUCACAGGAAGAGGCAAUCGCAGCCAAGGGGGUGUGGCUCGCAUAAGACCUGCUGUCCUUGACUACCUCAACAAAAACCAAUACAGAUAUUCUGAGCCAAAGACUGGUCUGGUGCUGGUUUCUCUCCACUGAGAGCGCAAAUGAACCAACCAGCUGCUGCUAUUGG